AUGGCGACCACACCGGUCCCGACGGAACGCCGGCUGGUGGCCGAGCACAUCCCGUUCAAGCCCGAGGAGCUCGACUUCUUCGCCGAGGAGGAGCUGGUCUCGAUUCUCCCGAAAUUCACCCUCCGGCAGGAGCAGGGCAAGCUGCACCUCCUCGACGGCGCCUACGGGCCCCUGCGCGCCAACACGCCCGCCAAGGUCCCCCUCUGGGUCGCGCUCAGCCUCCGCCGCAAGAACAAGGCGCGCAUCCAGCCCCCGGAGUGGAUGUCCGUCGCGAACCUGGAGAAGGUCCUCGAGGCCGAGCGCAAGGGCGUCGACCUGCAGGACAUGCCGCACCGCUACAUCGAGGUCGCGGGCCUCCUCCUGCGCUUCGCCCCGCAGGACUUCGGCGCGGACCUCCCCAAAGUCCGCAGCACCCUGCGAAGCAUCCGAGAGGUGCGCAUGUCGAAGCUGGAGCGCGAGGUGCAGGAGGAACUGAACCGCACGUGGGCGGUGAAGGCGAUCCCGCUGCCGAUCUCGUCGAUGGAGGCGAACGCGAUCCGGCCGCUGCUCGUGGCGGAGGUGGCCUGGGCGUGA